AUGGCUGGACUCCCUGCCCUCCUGCUCAGCCAGCUACCCUCUCUGUGUCUGCGUGGGGGACUCAAUACACUGCAGUUCCCCUCCCACUGCCCAGACUCUGGGGGCAUGAGGGUGGCAUUAACUUCUUUGUGGGACUUCACAUGUGUGGCUGCCAGUGAGGCCAUGGCAGGCCUCACUCCCAAUGCUCUGUGGAACUUGCAGGCCCUACCCCACAGUCCUGGAGGCAGUGCCUACCCAUCUGUGUCCACCUAUCACUGGUGUGCACAGACCAUCUACCGCUACUGCCUCUGUUCUCCCCUCCAUGCCCAGGAGGCAGGCCCUGGAGAACAACAGAUUGAGCUGCCCUCUCCUGAUCCCAUCCUCAUCCCCACUCUCCUGGCUGACACCAGAGGACUGCUGCUUACUGACACUUGCCAGGCAGGCUUCUUUGUCUUCUAUCUCCCAGUUUCUAGCAUGGCUGACAAGAACGGGGCCCUCAAGUGCACCUUCUCAGCGCCCGGCCACAGCACUGGCCUUCUGCAGGGCCUCGCUGCACUGCGUGCCCAGGGCCAGCUGCUUGAUGUGGCCCUCACUGUCAACACCGAGGUCUUCCAUGCACACAAGGUGGUCCUGGCCGCUUGCAGCGACUACUUCAGGGCCAUGUUCACUGGCGGUAUGCGGGAGGCAGGCCAGGCGGUGGUGGAGCUGAAAGGUGUGUCAGCGCGUGGCCUGCGGCACAUUGUGGACUUCGCCUACAGUGCGGAGGUAACGCUGGACUUGGAUUGUGUGCAGGAUGUGCUAGGCGCUGCUGUGUUCCUGCAGAUGCUGCCGGUGGUAGAGUUGUGUGAAGAGUUUCUCAAGGCGGCCAUGAGUGUGGAGACCUGCCUGCAUAUCGGCCACAUGGCCACCGCCUUCAGCCUGACCUCCUUGCGGGCCUCGGUGGAUGCCUUCACCUUCCAACACUUCCUGCAGAUCUCCCAAGAGGAGGAUUUUUUGCACUUGCCUCUCGAGCGCCUUGUCUUCUUCCUACAGAGCAACCAGCUACAGAGCUGUGCCGAGAUUGACUUGUUCCGUGCCGCUGUGCGCUGGCUGCAGCAUGACCCUACCCGACGACCCCGGGCUAGCCAGGUGCUGUGCCAUGUACGCUUCCCGCUGAUGCAGCCCUCCGAGCUGGUGGACAGUGUGCAGACGCUAGACCUCAUGGUGGAAGAUGCUCUGUGUCGCCGCUACCUGCUCGAAGCCUUCAACUACCAGGUGCUGCCCUUCCGGCAGCAUGAGAUGCAGUCACCGCGCACAGCCGUGCGCUCAGAUGUGCCCUCGCUGCUAACCUUUGGUGGCACACCCUACACCGACCAUGACCGUGCCGUCAGUGCCAAGGUGUACCUGCUGCCUGAGCCAGGUGCCCGCCAGUUUCGAGAGCUGGCUGAGAUGGAGGUGGGCUGUAGCCACACCUGUGUGGCAGUGCUGGACAACUUUGUGUAUGUGGCAGGUGGCCAGCACCUGCAAUACCGUAGUGGUGAGGGCGCCGUGGAUGCCUGCUACCGCUAUGACCCACAUCUCAACCAGUGGUUGCGACUGCAGGCCAUGCAGGAGAGCCGCAUCCAGUUCCAGCUGAAUGUGCUGGGUGGCCUGGUCUACGCCACGGGUGGCCGCAACCGCGCUGGCAGCCUAGCCUCGGUAGAGCGCUACUGCCCGCGCCGCAAUGAGUGGGGCUAUGCCUGCUCACUCAAGCGGCGUACUUGGGGCCACGCAGGUGCUGCAGCUGGUGGCAGGCUAUAUGUGUCUGGUGGCUAUGGCAUCUCAGUGGAGGACAAGAAGGCGCUGCACUGCUAUGACCCGGUGUCUGACCAGUGGGAAGCAAGAGCGCCCAUGAGUGAGCCACGCGUGCUACACGCCAUGGUGGGUGCCAGUGGGAGGCUGUAUGCAUUGGGUGGCCGCAUGGACCACGUAGACCGUUGUUUUGAUGUACUUGCAGUUGAAUACUACGUGCCCGAGGCUGACCAGUGGACCAGUGUCAGCCCCAUGCGAGCUGGUCAGUCGGAGGCUGGCUGCUGCCUGCUGGAGCGCAAGAUCUACGUGGUGGGUGGCUACAACUGGCGCCUCAACAAUGUCACCGGGCUAGUGCAGGUCUACAACACUGAGACUGACGAGUGGGAGCGUGACCUGCACUUCCCAGAGUCCUUUGCUGGAGUUGCCUGUGCCCCUGUCUUGCUGUCCCGUACCACUAGCACACGCAGAUAG